UCUAAGACUAAGAGCCCAGCUGCAAACUUGCUCCACGCCGGACCGCCGGGUUGAACAAAAAAAACAUGGAGCCCGCUGGAUCGCCCCGAAAACUUCUCCCCUCCAUAUUCUUACUUUUCUGCUCUCUGUACACGGCAAACUCCUUCACUUUUACGAAAACAGAGUCUUCCUUCGCGAGUUUUUACCCGGAUUGGUUGCCCACUUCGAAGCAGGGUGUGUCCUUUCGGUUCAAGACGCUUGAGUCUGAUGCUCUGUUGUACCUUCACCACUACGCCAACAAGACCGACGAUGAACCGUCUUACCGCUUUUGGAUUGAGCUGAAAAAUGGAGAGCUACUUGCUAGUCAUCUUCUUGAUGAUCACAUUGAAAAAUUCUCUCUUAAAGACAAACUAAACGAUGACGAGUGGCAUACAGUCAACUACACUAAGAUGCCAAUGGAGGGAGACUUGUCCAUCAGUGUGGACUCGACAACGGUUGGUCUCAGUUUGUACCAAGAUGAUGCUAUCAUCCAAUGGCAAGAAAACCUUGAUUCGUUGUCUGCAGUUGUCAUUGGAGGAUUGAAUCCCAGCUCAUCUGCCAUGCUACCCAAAGACUUCAAACACUUGACCGGAUGUGUGGAGGACAUCUAUUUUUGGAUUGACGGCAUGGAGUCGUGGAAAGUAAUGAACUACAGUAUGCAGGCGGGAACUGUGCCAGGCUGUGUGGAUCUGUGUGCAUCGGAAAUGCCUUGUUUGAACGGACGGUGUGUCAACUCAUAUGCCAGUACAUACUGUGACUGUUUCGGGUCCGGCCACCAUGGACCAGCGUGUGAAAUACCAGGGAACGCUGUAGUGACGUUUCAAGGUUUCAACUACAUACAGUAUGACAUGUUUCCAACUGAUGCCAAAAAGCCCAUGGAGAAGAAUCAUAUCAACUUGAGUUUUAAGGUCGGUAGAGAGCAAGUUGUUGGCACGUUGUUUUAUGCUGCUGGCACGACGCCUGUUCAGACCUAUUUGGCCAUUUUCUUGAAGAACGGCAGCCUAGUGGUGAAUGUCAAAUUAGGCAAAUCUCUGAAUACCUUUCGGUUUGACGACCAAGCUGCUGUGAAUGACGACAGGUGGCAUCAUGUGAGCUUCAUCCACAAUGGUAAGAAGAUAGAGGUACAACUAGAUGGGCGGAGCUACCAGCAAGAAGUACCAGACGGGGAUGGGGUGUUCCACUUUGAUGGUCAAGCGCUCAUAGGCGGAGGACGGAACCUGAACAGCUACCCAGGCCUAGAUGAACCAGCUAAUCUCGUUGGAUGCUUACGAGAGAUCUACGUUGACCGAUUCAACAUCCUGGAAGCACUAUCUAUGAAUGUCUCAGGCUUGGCAUUCUACGGUGGGCGUCCUAUCAGGUCGUGCCGAUCCAUCGGUUAUCCACCCAUAACGUUCCCUUCACCCCAGUCCACCGUUAUCCUGGACGGAUGGAAGAACGGCAGCCUGAAUAUCAUGUUUGACAUCAAGACAACACAAGGUGAUGGGCUUGUCAUGCUGAUGUUACUAGAUGUGGACAAGAAACUGGAAGGAAGAUUAAGGAUGGAACUGGUUGAUACAGCCUUACAUUUACAUAUGGACGUUGGCACAGCCCCCGGACAGAGUCUAACUCGUAGUACACUCAGAUCUAGCCCUGAUAUCAAUGAUACAAGAUGGCAUAGUGUGGCGCUUCAUCUUAGAGAUGGGGUCUGUACAUUUACUGUGGAUGGCAAGAAGACCGAGUUAACCUACCCCUAUCAGUUAUCAGCCAGUUCCUCACUGUACCUGGGAGGGGGGUGGAGAGGCCAAGGAGAAGGUUUAAAAGGCUGUAUGCGUCAUAUAGUUUUGCAAGAACAGGAGGUCAUAGCAACGCAGUUGAUUGGUACUGCCGCAGCCAAUGGCAUCGUACUAGACAACUGUCCUGUCUCCAACCCGUGUGCUGCCGGGGAGUUUGUUUGUCAACACGGAGGGACGUGCAGUCAGAUCAGCGGAGGCACCAAGUGUCAUUGCGAAGGCACUGGUUACGUUGGAGCAAUGUGCAGUUACUCAAUGCACAAAGAAAGUUGUGCCCACCAGUACCAUUCUGGGGAUCAGGACUCUGGGGUCAAAAUGCUGGACUUGGAUGGACAGGGGCCAACCAGUGCAACUUACGUCAACUGCAGUUAUGGAUCUGGCAGUGCAGAAACGACAGUGGAACACAACUUUGCUGCCAAAACUGUCGUGCGUGACAUACAACUGCCAAGUCUGGAUUUUAACAUCACUUACCGUGGCAUGAUAAACGAACAGCUGAAGCAACUCGUCCUGAAUUCCCAAAUUUGCAGACAAUACUUCAGCUACUGGUGUUUUGAAGCGCCGUUGUAUAUCAGGCGAGGGUGGACUGUUUUACACAGUGCAGGGGGGAGAAAGCUUCGUCAUUACAACCUACCGUUUGUUACUCACUGUGAUCUCAACGCCAAAGAAUGGGACGUUGACCGUGGCUACAUCACCAAUAUGGAAUCCUUACCUAUUGUGAGUAUGCAGUUCUUCAAGGUGCAAGAUGUCGCUGGUGCUGAGAAAACGACUAAAGGCACAUUAUCUUUAGGCCCCCUACAUUGUUCCAGCAAUCUUGGAGAAAUCAGAGGCCAAACCGUCACCAUCACACGCUCUCAAGACUACAUCACGUUAGAUACCUGGACGAGUGAUUCGUUGUACUUCAAGUUCCGCACAUCUGAAGAGAACGUUGUUCUGUUUCAUCAAAUGGGUAGUGGGAGUGAUGCACAUUCACUGACUGUUGUGUUAAAGAAUGCUUUCAGCAUAUGGCUUAUACUUGAGGUGGACGGCGAAUUCUACGACAGUCACGUGAAAUCGACCCGACAUAUAAAUGAUGGUCAAUGGCACACACUGACAGUAGAACGCAGCCUGAUUGAUCUACGAAUGACAGUAGAUUUUGACCAGGGAUUUCUGGAUCUUCCAAGAGGAGUUACUCCGACAUUGACCGGACCUUUUCUCCUCGGUGGAAUGGAGAAUUUACGUAAAGGGACUCGAGGCAUGACAGGAUGCAUUGCAGACUUCGCUUACAAUAGUGGCACUGUCUUCCUAUAUGACUACUUUGAACACGAUGAAAAUCUACAAAUUAAGGCGGGCUGUACCACGACCUGUGAUUCCAAUCCUUGUCAGAAUGACGGCAGUUGUAUUGACCAGUGGGACUCCUAUACCUGCAAAUGUGCCCAUCCAGCACACACAGGCCGUAACUGCCAAACAGACAACACCAAAGAUGUGGUCUCCUUCACCAACAAAGAUGUCUUCUUGGAAUUUGAGCCCAACAACACAGAUAUUUUAACCUCGGAUUUCCAACUUGGCUUCCGUACUCUUCAGUCUCAGGCGCUGAUUUUGUAUGCAAGGGACACGAGGAAUAACUUUAUUCAGAUGGAGCUGGUAGACGACUCAGCUUUUGUGUUCACAUUCAACUCUGGCAGGGAUGUACAUGAAGUGGUUGUCAACACAAGUGAAAGUGUAUGCCCUGCACCUUCAGCAGAAAAGCAACUUUUGUGUCUUGAAAUCUGCCAAGAUGAUUCAGAUUGCAGCUUGGGCCGAAAAUGUUGCCCGACUGGUUGUGGCACUGAAUGUACUGUACCAAAUGAAGGUAUUAUUUUAAAUGAUGGGCAGUGGGUGGAGGUUUCUAUACAACGGAAGGCUGACAUGACGAUUGUGGACGUCAACCAGCACAAGGCGGAGAUAUCAGUACCAGUGAACUUACUGACUGAAUUCCAUGCCCAACCAUUCCAGGAUAGAGAAAUUGUACAGCCAAGUCAGGAUGCAGUGGGCAUGAAAUCGAGCAAGUUGAUGGUUCAUGCUAUGAUCGGCGGUGCACCUGACUCUGUGAUGUCAUCACCAGGGCUAAUGGGAUGUAUCAGAGGGCUGAUUGUUAACGGUCAACCAUGGAAACUUCAAGACAUUGUUCGCAUCAUGAAAAGGUUGUUUUCCUCGAAAGCUCCUUCAUUGCAGUGCGAGAACCACUGUUCUGCAGAACCAUGCAAAAAUGGCGGUGUGUGCAUAGAGAGCUGGACGAGCUUCAAAUGCAACUGCAGUGGAACCACAUACACAGGCAAAACAUGUGAAGCUGGACACGGAGCUCAGUUUCAGGAGGAAUCCCUACUUUCAGUUCCUCUGGCAAAGCUUGCACCGUCAUCCAACUCAGAGGAAGAUAUCCUAGAGUUUGGAUUCAGCACUGAUCAGCCCUCGGGAGUCUUACUUUAUGUCAGGAAUGGUAAUAGCAGUCAGGGGGAGGAGAGGAUCAUGAUUGCCCUGGAUGGAGGCAACCUGGAGGCACACGUUGAUCUUGGGGCAGGAUUAACUGUUUUACGUGUACAAGGUCCAUUUAAUGAUACUUAUCGUCAUUCUGUUGUCUUCAAACGAUUUGGAAGUAGAGUUCUGUUGGAUGUGGACAAUGCUGGAUCUGACUACGAGACCUUGGAUUCUGCUGAAGAGACAGAGUUCAAUGAUAGAGAACUGAUGGUGAUUGGUGGAGUAGAGCUGAAUAUGACUGACUAUGGACUGGAGGGGAUGCAGGGAUAUAAUGGCUGUCUCACAGGUUUGUUGUACAACGGCCUGCAGCCGUUUGCGACGCUGUUCACUAGUAAUCCAGACACGGAUGAUAGCCGCACUGUACAUCGUCAACAGUGUGCAAUGUUUGAGUCCAAGGAAGACAACACUACCAUGACCACCGCACUACCACCCAAAGAACUCACAGUGAUACCCACGAUGGGCCCUUGGGAUCCUGAACCAGUUGAAGGUGUCAAAGUGGAGCUACCUCCAGACCUUAUGCCUAAAUCUGAGAUCAACUGGGUGCUCAUUGCCGCAGUGUCUGGUGCUGGUGUUGCCGUGCUGUUGGUGUUCUUCAUAUGCUGCUGUUGUAUCCUGAAAGCCAGACGGAAGGACGGCGAUGAAACAUACCAUGAGGAGAAAGAACGCCUCGUCAGACCACAUGAUGAGGUCCAUAUUGUGCAUCCGAUACGUGAAGUUCCCGCAGAAGCCCAGUGUCUUGCCUCCCCUCCUGUCGAACCAACCGAAAGCCCUCCACCGAUCCAUUCUUCAGUUCCAGAGGAAAUCUCACAGGUUGAUUCCUGGAAGGGUCUUAUGGUACCAGCUCUAGGCGACAAGGUUGCUUCUGCCGAUAGUUUGAGUGACGAUGCUGCGUUUCGGCAGCUAGCAGCUGAAGCUGGAUCUCCAGAUAAAGGAGUUGUGAAUACCGAAGAAAGCCUCGAUACGGCUACGUAUCUUGACGACGAUAUAACACCAAACGCCGGUGUAUAUUCCAAAAGCGUACCACCUGAGAAGGACGCCCAGCCAGUGCCAAUGAUUCCUCAUAUGACCGAGUCAGAGGAGAAUGUCGCCGAAGCCCAGCAAGCGAGUAUCCCGUUAGAGCAGAACCCAGACGAGACCAUCCCAGCUCAGUACCAGACCGUCAAGACAACGGACUCGGAAACAGACGAGACUUGCGUUUGAUAAAAACCAUUUUUGCUCCUUCUGUGUGAUUCAGUCUUUUUAAAGUUACUCUCCGAGACUCCCCUAUAAUAUGUUUGAGUUUUACCCGCAAAAAAUUGUUUAAAGCUUGCUUUGUUCUAAAAGUUAUUCACUUUUAUGAUUAGAGACAUCGAGCGGCAAAAAAACUUCACCCACGUUUUGUUAUGCUAAGUACUUUACAAAUAUGCGUACGUUUCUACAAUAAUUCACGCAUAUAUUUUAUGAGCGCAAAAGGAAAGCAUUAUAAAAGUUAUUCAGGGCGGGUGAACACCCUGAAAACGUCCAAACAGAAUUUUCUUUUAACAUACAACACGCAUUGAAAAUUCAAUGGAAGAAACAAGUCGAAUUAUGUUGCACACGGAUGGAGCAACUUUGUAAAAGUUAAUGCAUAGGCCUACAUGAGGAGCAUCUUAUGGAAAUUCAUUUAAUAAAUCGUUUGUUACUGUUGUUGUUUUUCAAAAAGCUAGAAUAAUUUCGUCAUUACAAUGCUACCUUUCAGUCUGCAUGUGUUUAGAUUUGAUGUGCAAUUUAUUUCGAAACUUUUGAGAAGUAUUUUAUAAGUGCAAGAAAAAGCCAGACAGAUGUGCAUGCGUAAAAUGGAAGCCUUGUGUGAAAGAGCUUGGUAGAUUUAGUAAGAUAUACCUUCAAGAAAAUGAUACGAGUGUAGUGUACAAUAUUUAUGAUUAUGAACAAUGGGGUAUGAUUUCAAAGACGGAUUUCUUAAAUCGAUCGACUCGAAUAACUAGGCGGGUAUGCCAGGCGGUAUGCCAGGCAGUACAGCGUGGGAAAGGGCCGGCCAUGUGAGUCAAGUUACGGGUUUUUGGCCCCCC